CUGAGAAAAAAGGUAAAAACAAAAAGCAUAUGUCAUCAUGUGUGUUUUGUCAAUUGAACUUGAAGUGGAUCUAUCAAAAAACAUGAACAACAUUGAACUAAUAAUUUGGUCUAAUUUUUGAAAAAAAAAUAGAAAAGUCAAGCACAUCAUCAUAAAUCUCGAUCUUUCCUUCCUCCCCAAGUCCCUGGCGGCUAACUACACUAUCCAAUCCAUCAACUACCAAUCUAAUCUAAAAUUAAUCUUUGAUUAGAUUAGAAUUAGAAUUAGAAUUAGAAUUAGAUUAACUCGUUUUUAGUAAUUUCCAAAUAAUCCAAAACAACAACUUUAAAAAACACACACACACACACAGUUUCCAACAACACAACACAACACAACAAUGCUUCGUAGCCUCUUAGUUUUAUUGUUUGUUGUUUUUGUUUAUUCACACGAAGAGUCGGGCCCUUGGAGCUGCGAAUCCGGGUCAGAGAUCCGAGUUGAGUCUGAGUUUCAACCCGGUCUUAUUACACUUGAUGGUCACGCCGAUGAUUGGAAGAGCAUUGAUGGGUCCCACUUCUCUCUUCUUCUUGCUCUUGAUCCUGAUGCUGAAAAUGAAUUCAAUGGUGGAAAAAUGACCGUUAAGAGUGUGCAUGAUGGCCGUGAUAUUUACUUUUUGCUUCAAGUUGAUGGUGAUUAUGUGUACUCUAAUGGUGAAAGCAACAAAUGUCCAUCUGUUGCACUCAUGUAUCAAAUUGGGGAUGACGCCUCUUAUCAUAAUAUGGGUGGCUGUGAGGAACAUUCAACCUCGUGCACAAAUAAAACCUGCAAAGGUCAUGAAGUUGACAUUAUGCACUUUUCGAUUGGAAAUGCUAUUCCUGGACGGCUUUAUGGCGGGAAUCCCAUUGACAAUAGGGAUGGAAACGGAGGUGACAGGUUUGGCCAUUUGGUUGAUCUCUAUGCCUGGAAUCCACACUGCAGAUACUUGGAUGGAACUGGUCCUUCGGGUUCUGUUAAUGAUUCUAGUGCACAGAAUGACUGGAAAGGUGCUUGGUGGCAUAGCAGCUUUACAGUUCACUCAGGUUUUGUAAAGGAUGAGAGUCCUUAUGCAGAAAAUGGGAAAAAGGGCACAUAUUUUUUUGAAUUCUCCAGGCCUUUGAGGACUAUGGAUCAUCUUCAACAGGAUGUGCAAUUCACCAUUGGCGGAUCAAGCAAAAUGUCUGUGGCAUUCUGGUAUCCAGUAGAUGGUCAGCCAUGGCAUGGCUCCGGACACUACUCUGUUAACUGUGAUUGGGUUCCAAUUGAUAUAUCUCAGAGCAGUUCAUUGAGUGGCAAGUCGCUGGAUACAGCAUCAAGUAGCUCAUGGAAUGUUGCAAGUGCAUUUUCACUUAUACUUUCAGUAGCAGCACUUUGUGUAUCUGUGUUUGUGAGUUAUAGGGUUUUACAUCCCAAGAGUGUUCAGUUUACUCCUAUGGAGAACCUUUAAAUAUUGUAUCAACAGGUUGAGUUUGGGAUUGUACUAUUCAUUUACGAUUGUACUAUAUAGGUUUGUACUGUUUAGUGCUUUCUCUUGUACUAUUGUUUAAUUCUAUUUGAAAGCAUUACUUUAGUUAUUUUAUGCAGUGUCAGAAAAGUGCAAGUUUCUGUCAAAAAAGAAAAGAAAAUAAUAGUUCAAUUGUCAAGCAUAAUGGAGUACCAUCUUGUGCUUA